AUGGGCGCGUGCGUGCGUGCGCGCGUGCGCGCCAGAAAUCUGCGUGCGUUGUUCACACGUCUUCUCACCCUGGCCUCCCACUGGUCGGAUUAUUUUUGUCCAGACGCGCGUCCGCCCCACGGUCUUCGUUUCUAUUGUGAACGGGGUUUUGGGGAUCGUGUCUGCAGCUACCCAAAGAUACUCCGUAAUCCCACCGAAUUUGUACCAUGUUCUUUUUAUCAUUCUUUACGCCUUACGCAAUUGGAACUUGUUCGUUCCGCUCGAAUUGGACAAGGUCCUCAUGAGACCAGUCAACGUGACCAAAGCGACUCUCCGCCACGGCGCCCCGACGUAGGUGGAGUGGGCUGCGAUGAUGACGAUGAUGACGGUUUUGCUCAACCUCCCAGUGCACCACAUCCAACGCCACUUCCUGUGACGUCAGACGCUCUAAACGCGGAUACAGACGAAGUUGAAUUGGCUAAAUCUCUGGCUGCCAUCCCGAAUCUGGUCGAACGACGAAGACCCACCCCGUUAAGCCCAUCUUCCUCUAUAAAUGCCUACGAUCAGGCCUCCGAGGCCCACAGAAACCCACCCUUUCCUCCAGCCCGCCGACGUCAGACCCCGUCGGAUCGAUGCGUCUCCUUCAGCUCGACAGCUCUCGUCCAGGUCGGCAGUGAUGGAGGCGGUGGAGGAAGCAGCUCACCCUCGGGCAGCAGCGGUGCCAACAGCUUGAAGACCUCAGCAGGCAUCGCCACCGGACCCGAGCAGGCCCAGUCCCUGCAUUCUAACCAGCUGGCCUCAGCGCCGUGGUAUCAACCGAAUAUUCCCAGGGAUUUGGCACUGGAUAUGCUCGCCCGACAACCGCCUGGCAGUUUCAUAGUACGUGACAGUGGUACUCACUCGAAUUGCUACGCCCUUUCCGUCCGUGUUGGCAGCGAUUCCUCCCAAUCUCACGCCACUGAACGAUGUCUGUCCGCCGGGAUGACACCCCGCACUUCCGCUGGCGGUGGCGGUGGAGCAGGUGGCGCCAUAAGCCACUACUUGAUUCAACGAACUCCCACCGGUGUCCGGUUGAAGGGUCUCGAGAAGGAGUGGCCCUCCCUUCCCUGUCUCAUCCUCCACUUAACCGUUAUGCCAGAAAUGCUCCCCUGUCCCCUGCUUGGCCUUCCCCAGUCCUCCUCCAACCCCUCUGCAUUCCUCAGCGGCCACCAGCACCACCCGCACUUCGAGCAGGCGCCCGACUCCUGCUCCUUCCGGCCGAUCUCGACGGGGGCCGACCCGCGGCCCGCCACCCCUCUCCCCGCCAACUCGGAGUACCAGCAGCUCUCCGAGUUCUCCUCGAUCCUCGCUGACCUCGACAAUCACGACAGGCGGAGGCGACAGCGCCGGCAGCCUCCGCCUCCUCCGCCUGCGCGUAUCCGGUGA